UCUCUGCUUCUCUUCCCCAUGUCCUUCUCGUUUGCCUCCCUCAAAGAGUCUAUUCCCUCCAAAGCAGACUUCAAGUCCAAAACUGAUUUCAAGCACAGCUCCCAGCCCUCUCCUUUGGCAUCUGCCUCUUUGAGCUCCUACUCUGACCUGUCUUCUGUUCGUCCUCUAGCUGCUUUAAAAGACCCAAAGUCUUUUCCUGCUCCACCAAGAAGAAAUCCUACUCUUGAUACUCUAAGGUCUAAAUCUCCUUCUCAAGUCCCAGCCCAACCACAGCUUCAACCACAGCUUCAACCACAGCUUCAACCACAACCCCAGGCUCAACCCCAGGUUCAACUUCAACCCCAAUAUCAGCAAUAUCAACAGUAUCAACAACCAGCUGCUAUAUCACUACCUCAGCUAUUUUCUCGUCCUAUACCUCCUCCACCACAACCACAACCACAACCACAACCACAAAACACUUAUGCUGUUAAUCAGCCUUUAUCAUCUUUAGUUGCUUCAAUUCCUGCUCAAUCGGUAAUUAACAAUACUCUUCAAAAUGCUAACAACAACCAAUUGCAAUCAACUAUCUUGACCAAUGUCGUUUCAAAUCAAUUAAAUAAAACUUCAACCUCCAACCUUCCUCAACAACAGCCAGAACUACAACAUCCCCCACAACCAGCAUUGUCUUUUUCAAAGCCUUACCAUAAUCCUCCUCCACCUCAAUUACAACAACAACCACAGUUAUCUCUGUCUUCUUCGGAAGAAGAUUUGCGAGCUUCUUAUAAAAGGCCUGCAAUGCCUUUACCUCCAAGUAAUCCCACAAUAACAACACCCGCUCCCAAUUCUACUUAUACUUCAGUCCCUGCUUAUACUCCAGCUCCAGCUCCAGCUCUGGUUUCUGUUCCAGUUUCUGCUUCUAGUAUUAUUCCUGCUACCACCCCAAUUGUUUCAACAUCUCCGGUUUCUAAUCUUAACACUCAAAACAAAGAAAAAUUUGAAGAUAAAAAAGAAAAUCCCAAAAUUCCAAAACCUGCUCCCGAUCCUCUUUCUUUCACUCCACCACCAGUUCAUAAAGCAAGAGGAACAAAAAAUCAAUCUUCACCUAUAAACCCAUCCCAGACAUCAAAAUUAAAACCACACCUGAAUAACAACCAAUCUAUCCCUCCUUUACCAAAGAGAAAAACAGAUAUCACUUCUCAAAACACUUCAAAGCUCCCACCUCCUGCCUCAUUUGAACCUCCUCCAAGACCCUUUGGAAGUAAAGCUCCAAUUUUCACUGAUAAUGUCAUUCAAUCCAUUCAAAAUUCUCGUAAACAAGAAACUGAAGUAGAAUUACAAGAAGCUGCAACAAUACCAAGACCGACAAUCAGAAAUAACUCUCUUUCUCCUUCUCCUUCCUCUUCUCGUGUUUCUACUCCUUCUUAUCCCACAUCAAACUCUUCAAAUAAUAAUAACACUCUGAUUUCAACAAAUAAAAUCGAUAUUUCAGCUCUACCCCCUCCACCAAGACCCUACGGUAGCACUGCUCCAAUAUUUAAAAAUCAUAUAAAUAUCAAUCCAAAAACACAUCAAGUCGACGAUCCCGAGGUCAAAAAAUUAAUUGGUGAAACUAAUAAAAGUUAUCAUGUUAAUUCCAUUCACAAUCCUCCCACCCAUACUACAAAUAUCCCAAUUAAAAACCCUAUUAUCGAUAAUAAUAUACUCAAUCAUAAUCCAAACUCAUUGGAAUUUAACGUGAAUAGCAAUAGAGCAAAAUUCUUACAAUCAAAGGGCAUAUUUCCUCAAGCAAUAGAAAAUGAAUCUGGCGUUACAGAAAAUCAACCAAAUAACUCGGAUAAUUCUUCAAAUAUUGCUUCAUCAAAUUUGUCAAAUAAUUCUCCAAUUCAAGAUGAAAAAAAUCACAUUAAUAUACUCAAACCUAAACCAUCUGCACCAACUCCUCCUGCAUCCAGAUCUUCAACUAUUUUAACAACAAAACCAAAACCAAAACCACCAAUCACUAAACCAAAACCAAAAUUAAAACCAAAACCAAAAAGUUUUAUACAAUCAUCUCACAAUGAGAAUCUAAAAAAAGAUCUUGAAAUCGAAAUUGAAAAUAAAAAUGAAAACAAAAAUGAAAAUAUAACUAAAAGUAAAAUUGAAAAUAAAACUGAUAAUAAAACUGAUAAUAAUUUGUCAUCUGUUCCUAAAGCUAACACUCCCAAAAUUUCAAAUGAAAAAUCUGAUGAUGAUUUUAUUGCAUCUCUAAGAGGCUCUUUACGUCACACAAAUGACAAUGCCAUUAAAAGAUUAGAAAAAACAAAUUUGUCAAAACAAGAAUCUGAUGAUGGGCCUCAAAUACAAAUAAUAACACCUUCACCAGAUAUCUUGCCCCGAAAAAUUUCUCACAAUAACGUCUCAGAAAAAAAGAAUUUAGGACUGCCAGUUCAAAAGUUUCCAAUAAUUAAACCCAAACCAAAAGUAUUACCUAAACCUGUUUUAAAACCCAAACCAAAUUCAUUGGCUUCCAAACCAGCUGUUUUAAAACCAACAACAGUUCCAAAACCUCAUUUUUCAAAAUUUGAAGAAAAGAAUAAAGGUAAACCGGUUGAAGAAAAUAUUUUCAAACCUAAACUACGUCAUGUAUCUUUACCAAAGGUCUUACAAGAUGUUCAAAAUGAUCAAAAAGUUAUUGAAGAAAAAAACAAAGAAGAGAUUAAAAUAGCAUUUUCAACAACAAAAUCUAGACCUCCCUUGUCACCACCUCCUAUAAUAGAAAGAAAAUGGCUAUCUGCUGCUCCAGUUAUAAUAAGUGAACUUCAAAAUAGGAAUUCUGCACCAAAAACAGCACCAAAACCAAGUAGAAGGUCAUCAGUUCCACCACCCCCGCCAGCUUCUCGUAGAGCAGCAAAACCACCACCUCCUCGAUUAGUCUCAACGAACUCCAUAGUGAAAAAAUGGAAAGCACCCGAAUUAGAUUUGGAAUUAAGUUCAUGUUGGUUUUCAAAUAACUCAAAUAAAUUACCAAAAUGUUUUUCUGGGUUUAAUUAUUCAAAAAGUUAUGGCUAUUCAAAUAAUGAUGCCUUUAGCAUUUACUGUUUUAGAUUCCCUGAUUUGUCAAUGGUUAAAAUAAAGUUUGAAUGGGAUAAAAGUGCACCUAAUUUACUUAAAACAUUGAGGAUUAGUAGAAGUGAUACUCCCCCACCUCAGGCAAGUAAAUCAGAAUUGAUCGAAGGGCAUAAACAAUUUGGAUUACACAUUACUAGUUGGUGUGAGGACAGAUUAGGCGAACAAGUUGGAAAUGGAGAAUGUUGGACAUUGGCUCAUGACUCAUUAGAAAAAGCUUGUGGUAAGUAUGCAUUUGUUUCUGAUGGAUUAAAUCAUGGAGCAUUGAUUUAUAAGAUGACUGGGGAUAAUGGUAGAUUGGAAACUGAGCCUUCAGAACCAUUAGACGAAAUCAGGGAAGGUGAUAUUUUGCAAUUUAAAAGUUGUAUAUUCAAAAAUGAAAGAACAACACAAUAUUGUGGCAGUCCAGAUCAUACAGCUGUUAUUUCAAAAAUUAAAGAGAAAAAUGGAAUAAACGGUUAUAAAUUAGAAGUCUUUCAACAAAAUUCCGGCGGAGUUAAAAAUGUCACAAUUGGUGAAUUUAAAUUAAGUGAAUUAAUUGAAGGAGAGAUAAAAAUAUUUAGACCAAUGCCAGCUACUUGGGCAGGAGAAAUGAAUUCCAAAUGGCCUUAAAUAAUUCUUAAUGUUUUAGAAUUAAUUGAAGUAAUUGAAAAUACAUUAAGAUAUAAAUAUGACAUUGGAAAGCAAUCAUGAACUAUAAAUAAAAAUUUAUAAAAAAAAGAUUUAUAAUAAAUAAUAGAUGAUCAUAUAAUAUAUAGAAGUAUGAGAGUUUACAAUAAACUGAAAAUUUUCAGAGUUUAUGUAAAAUAUGAGAUAAAAACAAAGAAAAAAAGACACAAAUAAAAAACAAAAAAAA